CCAUGCCAUGUUGACAGGGCCUUCUUGGAGCUAUUACAGUUCACAAGCUGGUUUCCUGGCCUGUGUAUUUUGCUGAGAGAUGUUGGCCUCAUUUUUUCCUCAUUUUUUCAGUGGACAGUAGUAGAAAAUGUAGCCAUCAAAUUUAGUCUAAGUGUUCCUGUCUGCAGGAACACCCAGGGCCUCGUUGGAUUAGCCUCAUCACUCUGUCUGCCCUUCCUAAAUUUAGAUCCUACUGUGUUCUUGGUGUACAAGCCCUCAACUGAAAAGUGGCAUUGUCACUUAAUACUGCUGUCAGCCCAUCCUCACUCUUCCCAUCUGAAUUAUUCCUCUCCUGAGCUGCACUUCAUUCCUUGCAUUCCCUUCCUUCCAGAUGCCUCUGCUCUCAGAAGGGAUCCGCAUCCACGGGGAGAAGCUGACGGAGCAGCUCAAGCCCCUGCACGACCGCUUGUCGUCAUGCUUCCGGGAGCUCAAGGAGAAAGUGGAAAAGCUCUAUGGGGUUAUAACCCUGCCGCCCAACUUAACCGAGAGGAAGCAAAGCCGCACGGGCUCGCUCAUGCUUCCCUACAUCAUGUCUUCGACACUGCGGAGGCUGUCCAUCACCUCAGUGACAUCCUCGGUGGCCUCCACCUCUUCCACCUCCUCUGACAAUGCUCCUUCCAGGCCCGGAUCUGAUGGGUCAAUCCUGGAGCCACUUUUUGAGCGCAGGGCCUCAUCAGGCGCCAGAGUUGAAGAUCUUGCCCUCAAAGAGGACAGUGAGAACCGGACCAACAAAUUCAAGAGAAAAGACUGGAGUUUGAGCAAGUCCCAGGUCAUUGCAGAGAAAGCUCCAGAACCUGACCUGAUGAGCCCAACCAGAAAAGCACAAAGGCCAAAGAGUCUCCAGCUGGUAGACAGUCGGUUAACACCAUUUUCUGGCUCACCUCCUCAGUCAACACCUUUGAGCCCACCUCCACUCACGCCUAAAGCUACCAGGACCCUAAGCUCCCCAUCUUUACAGACAGAAAGGCCGGUGACUUCUGUCCCUCCUCCACCUCCCCCGAAAAGUAAGCCCUAUGAGAACAGCCAGAGGAGCUCCACGGAGAUUGCGCCCCCACUGCCUGUCCGAAGAGAAGCCAAAGUUCCACCCCCACCCCCUCCAAAAACUCGGAAGUCUGGCCUCGUUUCUUCUGAGCCCGGAUCCCAGUAAGGACCUUGCCCUCUUAAUCUAGUGUUCCUUGGACAGCUGCUGCCUGAGACCCAGCCUCCAGGAGAGGAUUCUUCAUUAUGGGGACUCCCUGAUGGCUGUGCGUCCUAGACUGGAUGGUGGUCACCAGGUCAAAACUGGUUUUGUGCUUUCCAAAGCUUCCCUUUGAUAGAUGUUUGGGGCCGUGCCAUAUCCCCUUCAGUGCACAUGGAGUUCCAGAAGCAGCCAUCUGCUGUGUGCUUUCAAAGGAGAGCUGUCCUUCACGAUGAUUGCAUUCCAGCCUCUACCAUGGAGACGCUGCAGUCUGCAGAAGCCUGGGCUGGUUCUCCUGCAGCAAUGGUGGAGCAGCCCAUCCCCAACUCCUGGAAGAGUUCCUGCUUUUUGCUGCUGAAACGCUAUGAUUGAGACUGACUUGCUUUUCUCCUGUGUGCUUCCCUGUCCCAUCCAGCAUCUUAGAAGAGCUUGAUACCAAGUUCACACUGGGAGUUGACAUCUUCCUAUUCCUCCAUUGUCUACUAUGUCCUUUGCUUGGUGGGGGGGGAAUGCAUAUUUAACGGGGAUUGGAUGCUGUUAGGUGUGAAUCACAUGGACUCAUGUGCCUCACACUCCUGACUUAAUGGUCCUUGCCACGCGGUGGUCACUCCUGACCACGGAUUCCUUUGAAGCUCUUUUGCACACCCAGUUUCUUGUCCUGUUCCUUCCUCUGUGCUCACAUCCCUGCCUGUGAGGGACCUAGGGUCUGGGUUCAUCAGCUUCUUUUCCAGGUCCCAUUCCAGUGAAGCAGUGGUACCUGCCUGCUGUGUGAUUUUACCCUGGAGAACGCAGUGCAAUAUUAUCCCUUUGAUUAUUUAUUCCUCUUGAUCAUGGAAUUAAUUUGAUUACUAAUGGUACUACUGUCAGUACUUCUUGAAGAAAAAACAUGAGGUGAUUUGAAGGACCAAAUAUUUCAUACAUAUAACAACCACAUGAAGCUAGAGGGUUUUAAAAGUCAAAUCUAGAAGACUCUCAUUUUGUAGCUAAGGAAAUUGAGGCUACACAAAGAAAGUGGUACUCCAGCUUCUUACAACCCAGCUUGCUAGCGUAGUCUUUACAAGGUGUUUAAUACAAGCCCACAACAGAGCAGUAUUGGAACUGCCGCAGCUAUUUCUGUAGUAUUUAGGUAUUGAUAGCAAAGCAGAAAGUUUUCUGAUUAGGACUUCAGAGGUCAACCUCGGGUGUGCUCAGAGGUCUCUUCUAUGACCUUGGCCAAGUCCUCUCCUCCAAGUUCAAGAGAGCAGAGAAAGAGAUUUCAGCUGUGAGAAUCUGCAUUUGCCUACCUGCCUCUUUGUGUGCCUGGUUCAUCAUGAGGGUCAGCCUAGUAAAAGGUCUGAAACAAGUCUAGCAUGUUACCGAAGAAAUCAGUGUGCAGAUUCUGGAGGUGGCGUGGAAAUGUUUACUCUUCACCCCCACGAAAACGAUGAUCAUGGAAAAAACACAGGCUUUAAGUUUUGAAACCUAUUUGGUCUCAAAUCCCUGCCAUGUCACCUCUUACCUUUGCAAAUUCCGCAAAGCGUUUGAAAUCCUCUGGGCUCCAUUUUCUCACUUUGCAGAGUGGCACAGUUCCUCCUGCACAGGUUGCUGUGGGUUCCGGUGAGAUGGAGAAUGUGAAGGAGGAAGCAUUCACAAGGUGCUCCUUUCUGCUGUCUCUCAGAGCUGGGUAAGGUCUGGCCCUAAGGGCGUUACUGAUACGACUUAUUUUUAUUCAAGGUAAUUUGAAGUGUGAAUGCAGAUUAGUUCUGUACAUAAAGCUCUGAUCCAAAAGACGGCACCCUUCGGAGCCUUUUACAUUGUUAUUUAUGACUAAAGAUGGUGUCAGUAAGAACUAGAGAAGAUUUUAAGGAGAAAAAAAAUCAAGCCCUGCAGAGAAAGGAGGGGGCGACAGAAAGAUUGUGGACCACUUCUGUGGUGGCUGGAACAACUUCUCAGAAGUCACCGACAAGACUGGCUAGAAGGAAUUUAUAGGUCUUACCCUACUUUUGAGGCUGCCAUUAAAAUAGAAAGAUGUAAACAGGAUCAUUAAGAAAAAAACACUAACCUGUCCUUGCAGGGCAGUAAGUGUGUGUCCCCAUUCAGGUCUGGAGAUGAGGCUGGGGAGAUGUGAUCUCUCAGUGCUCAGAUACAUUCCUUCUUUUAAAAGGACACAUUUUUCAUAUGAUCCCCUUUAUAUAUUGCUGGAAAUAAUAGCUCUCCACUGCCUGAACCCCAGGCAUUCCAGGUAGCAUUGUGGACACAGCUUACAGAGGACAUUAUUAGAAGGUUCAUUUCCUUGGGAAGCUGGAGGGUAGGAAAGAGUCAAUUUGACAAAAGUCAUAAAUGACACUGUCCUGAAGUCAAAAGAGGAAGACCUCAAAGAAACGUCUCAUGAUCACGUCAAAUACGGAAAGAGAGGAGCGGAUGCAAGAGGAGAGCAAGAGCUGGACUUCAUCUUCCUUUUGAGGUUCCUCGAGAUGCCAAAAUUAGCCCCAAAAUUGUCACAGUCUUUGUGAAUAUUGGUUUGUGGUUUGUGGGCCCGUGUUAAUUUUUUUCCUCUCCUCUCUGUCCUUUUGAGAUUCUUUUCAAAAAGAAUUAUCCCUUUCAGCAUAUACCAAGUUCUUAUUGAAGGCCAGGCAUGGCACUAGCCUGUCAGGAUGUGGGAGUUUCUUUUGUUCAAUGGAAAUAGCCCAGCGUACAAAGACAAGUUCACUCUGGUGUGCUGCAGGAUUGGAAAAUCAGAGUACUGGAUGAAAGUGAAGCCCUCGUUCAAGCUGCUGGGCCAUGGAUUGCCCCCGUUUCAACCCUUACCCCUUGACUCCAGAGUUGUAGUCAUUUCUUCCCGCCAGGGAAGCCCAUGAAGAACUCAGCCACAGUGUAGAUCCCAAGGAUAAAAAAAGGUGUCAAGCUGUAUUUGAGGUAACAACCUACGUUUGUUAACUCUUUCUAAGCUGGAAAUCUCUCUCCAGUUGUCUCUAGAUCAAGGAGCAAUUUUUUAUUUUAAAACAGACAAACUUACAUACAGUUCAGUGCACAACUCUUUGGAUGCAGCUGAAUGCAUUUUCAGGUAGCUGAACCCCCAUGUCCCCACCUCUCAGAUACACACACAACUCCAGCACCCCAGAAGGUGCCCAUGUGCCUGUGAUCCAUCAAGUUUGUGCCUUCUUUCUUCGUGCUUCUCAGGUAUAAUGAAAAGGGGAGAAAGACUCCACCAUCAACACAAAAUAAGACUAUAAAGAUUUUGCACUUUUAGCAAGUCCAUUUCUGGUCACUCCCUGGGCCUCGUCUGUAAAAACUACAAUACUGUAUUUUGAGGCUGCAUGGUUUUUCAAAUCCCUUCUACCCUAGCUUUUUUAUUUUAAGUAAAUCAAAAGAGAAGGCAAGGCAGAAGGAAAUUUCUGUACAAAAGUUUUCAGGUCCAUGCACUGGAAUCCCCAUUUUUCAUUUUUCAUAAGGACUUGGUGCUUUGACCCUGCCAUGCCUUAGCUACUAAGGUCAAAAUAUUUGUGCUGGGGAUAGAGUUCAGUGGUGGAGUACCUGCCUAGCAGGCACAAGGCCCUGGAUUCAAACCCCAACACUGCAAAAAAAAAACCAUUGUGAAUAUUAAAAUAAUGACUCUAGUACCUAUUUUUGAGAUAUUGACACAAAUUACCAUAAUUCUCAGCAGAAACCGUGAUAUAUCAUGUCUGUAAUUGUCUUUAGCACACCAUGUCUAGACUUCCCGUUCGUUUUAACAAUCAGGGUUUCCUUUCCUAUGUCAUUUGGGAAGUUGAUGAAUAUUACUUCCUUGGAAAUGUUCAUUCCACUAGAAGUCUGUUAUUUAAAAGAAUUUGGAAAAAGUAAAGUUUGUCUUUGGCAGGAUUUAGAGUUGAGCCAUCAGUUCUAAUCUUAUCAGAGGAAUAAGGGUUUGCCUUUCUGAUAAACGGUUCCAGUGUGACUCAGAUCCAGCCAAAAUUCUUCUCCCAUAAAUCCCACCUAAACCCAUGUGGUAAUCACCUUUUUUGAGACGUUCACCCAAACUUUGUGGAAAAUUCCUUUACCGUGAUUUUGUGACUAGUUGGGUUUCAUACACGGACAGUUAGGAAGACAAGCAAUGAUGUAGAAGAGUUGUGUUCAGAUUUGCUGUUAUUUAUUUUUUAAAUUAAAAUGGAAAUGUAUUUUAAAGUUUAUUAUGUGUUUAGCUUGUUAUUGCUCAUAUCUUAAUGAAAUGAAAUCAAGAACCUUGUAAUUUUUCCUUACUGACACCUCCUUCAAGACACAGCAUGUCCUGGGGUGCCCUAGCUCCUUUCAUUCCAGGUCCUGUUUGGUGAAACUUGUACUAUGGGGUUCCUGGAGUCAUCUUGGCUGGGAACUAAUAAAAUUGCAAACCGUUUGCUUCUUUUUGCCCUUACCAUCUAUGUGUUUGGCAUCUGAGCUGACAGUUUUCUGAUUCAUUUGUCACAGGUAAUUAGAUAGAUAAAAGU